AGUUGACUUCAUUGUCUUUGCUAGACGGUUGUUUUUGGCUUCUGCGGACUGUUCCAGAUUCAGAUCUUCUCCAGUUUCAACCGCAUAUCUCGCCCAUUCUCUGCAUCUGCCACAACGUCUUUUACCUAAUUCAGUUUUGCGCGGUGAUUAGAUGGCGGAAGGGGGAGUUAAAUCAAGAUAUGUGAAGCUGACGAAAGAUCAGGGGCCUUUGGAGGACAUCAAGCCUGGUGAGCUCAACCAGCCCAUUGAGGUUCCUCAGUUGAAUGUUCGUAAAUGCAAUGAGUGCGGACAGGCUUUACCUGACAAUUUUGAGCCUCCUGGUGAUGAACCUUGGACUACUGGGAUUUUUGGCUGCACUGAAGAUACUGAGAGUUGCUGGACUGGACUGCUUUGCCCAUGUGUUCUAUUUGGGCGUAAUGUUGAGAGUUUGAGAGAAGAUACCCCAUGGAGUACACCAUGCGUUUGUCAUGCAAUUUGUGUUGAAGGUGGCAUUGCAUUGGCAACAGCAACAGCAAUCUUUCACGGCAUUGACCCAAGGACAUCAUUUCUUAUUUGUGAGGGUUUAUUUUUUGCUUGGUGGAUGUGUGGGAUAUACACUGGUCUUGUUCGGCAAUCCUUGCAGAAGAAAUAUCAUCUCAAGAACUCACCAUGUGAUCCAUGCCUGGUUCACUGCUGCAUGCACUGGUGUGCAUUGUGCCAGGAGCACAGGGAAAUGAAGAACCGUCUCUCAGAUAAUAUGGUGAUGCCAAUGACUAUUGUCAACCCUCCCCCUGUCCAAGAGAUGAACUCUGCCAGUGAAAACCAGGAUCCUGCACCAUCUUCCGGAAACGACACCACCAAUUUGGAGAUGCAAGCUUUGUAAGAUCCACCAUAAAGAUACAGAAUAAACUCAUUUGAUCUUGAAAGGGAUUGUUUCAUGUGUUCCCCAUGUCGGAAAAAAAAUUGGAUUACCUUUAUACAGUUUCUUCCUUGCCUGUGUGCACCAAACUGGUAAUUUUUAGCCCCUUGUGAUAGUUGACAGAGAGAGAAGUUCACUUGUAUUCAAACAACCUUGAGAGAUCGUUUGAAACUACAAUUUUAGGUAUACAAAUAUUUUUGCUUUUAGUGAUAAUCGCUUCUUUGUACAGGUGGUCUGUUUUAUA